AUGGGCCGUGGACGGGACGUGGACCGGCCCUGCUGCGUGACUCCGCCCCGCCCGAGCCCCCCAGGGGAGUUUGAGGAGGAAUCAAAGCAACCAGGGGUGACAGAACAGCAGAGACAUCAGCUUAAGCAUCGGGAGCUUUUUCUUUCUCGGCAGUUUGAAUCAUUACCAGCCACCCACAUAAGGGGGAAAUGCAGUGUGACACUCUUGAAUGAGACCGAUAUCUUGAGCCAGUACCUGGAAAAGGAGGACUGCUUUUUUUACUCACUGGUGUUUGACCCUGUGCAGAAGACACUUCUGGCUGACCAGGGGGAAAUCAGAGUUGGUUGCAAAUACCAAGCUGAGAUUCCCGAUCGCUUGGCAGAGGGAGAAUCAGAUAAUCGGAAUCAACAGAAGAUGGAGAUGAAAGUCUGGGACCCAGACAACCCUCUCACAGAUCGGCAGAUUGAUCAGUUCCUCGUGGUGGCCCGAGCUGUGGGGACCUUCGCAAGAGCCCUAGAUUGUAGCAGCUCUAUUCGGCAGCCGAGCCUGCACAUGAGUGCAGCUGCUGCCUCCCGAGACAUCACUCUGUUUCAUGCCAUGGACACAUUACAAAGGAACGGCUAUGAUCUAGCUAAAGCCAUGUCAACUCUGGUGCCCCAGGGGGGCCCAGUGCUGUGUCGUGAUGAGAUGGAAGAAUGGUCUGCUUCUGAAGCCAUGCUGUUUGAGGAGGCCCUAGAGAAGUAUGGGAAGGAUUUCAAUGACAUUCGCCAGGAUUUUCUACCGUGGAAAUCCCUUGCCAGCAUAGUCCAGUUUUAUUACAUGUGGAAAACCACUGACCGGUAUAUUCAGCAGAAAAGAUUGAAAGCUGCUGAAGCAGACAGCAAACUGAAACAGGUCUACAUCCCUACCUACACAAAGCCAAACCCUAACCAGAUCAUUUCUGUGGGUUCCAAACCUGGCAUGAAUGGGGCUGGGUUCCAGAAGGGCCUGACUUGUGAGAGCUGUCACACCACACAGUCUGCCCAGUGGUAUGCCUGGGGCCCACCCAACAUGCAGUGCCGUCUUUGCGCUUCCUGUUGGAUCUACUGGAAGAAGUACGGGGGACUGAAGACCCCAACCCAGCUUGAGGGGGCCGCUCGAGGCACCACAGAGCCACAUUCGAGGGGUCAUUUAUCCAGACCUGAAGCCCAAAGUCUCUCCCCCUACACCACCAGCGCCAACCGGGCCAAGCUGCUCGCGAAGAACAGGCAGACUUUUCUUCUUCAGACCACAAAGCUGACCCGACUUGCCCGAAGAAUGUGCAGGGACCUGUUACAGCCGAGGAGGGCUGCCCGGCGACCCUACGCCCCUAUUAAUGCCAAUGCCAUCAAGGCAGAGUGCUCCAUCCGACUUCCUAAGGCGGCAAAAACUCCACUGAAGAUUCACCCUCUAGUGCGGCUGCCCCUGGCAACUAUCGUCAAGGAUCUGGGUAUGGGAUAG